CAUGUGAUAGUCACUGAGUAGCUGGAAAGAGAAGCCUGUGGCUCAAUUAACGAGCUCAAGCAGACCUUGUGAGGAUGAGAGGAAGAAUGCUCUUGGCUGCUUUGUACUGCCUGCUGUGGAGUUUCCAGGCCUCUGUUGGCCAGUUCCCUCGAGCCUGUGCCUCCUCCAAGAACCUGAUGGAGAAGGAAUGCUGCCCAAAUUGGAGGGGUGACCGGAGUCCCUGUGGCCAGCUUUCAGGCAGGGGUUCCUGUCAGGAUGUCAUUCUGUCCAACGCACCAUCUGGGCCCCAAUUCCCUUUCGCAGGAGUGGACGACCGGGAGUCCUGGCCCUCCGUCUUUUAUAAUAGGACCUGCCAGUGCUUUGGCAACUUCAUGGGAUUCAACUGUGGAGACUGCAAGUUUGGCUUUGGGGGACGAAACUGCACAGAGAGACGACUCUUGGUGAGAAGAAGCAUCUUUGAUUUGAGUGUUCCAGAGAAGAACAAAUUUCUUGCCUACCUCACUUUAGCAAAGCAUACUACCAGCCCAGAUUACGUCAUCCCCAUAGGCACCUAUGGCCAAAUGAAUAAUGGAUCAAAACCCAUGUUUAAGGACAUCACCAUUUAUGACCUCUUUGUGUGGAUGCAUUAUUAUGCGUCAAGGGACACAUUGCUUGGAGGAUCUGAAGUCUGGAAAAAUAUCGAUUUUGCUCAUGAAGCACCAGGUUUCCUGCCUUGGCAUAGAGUCUUCUUGUUGCUGUGGGAACAAGAAAUUCAGAAGCUGACAGGGGAUGAGAACUUCACUAUUCCAUACUGGGAUUGGCGAGAUGCAGAAAACUGUGACGUUUGCACAGAUGAGUACAUUGGAGGGCGCAACCCAGCAAAUCCGAAUCUGAUCAGCCCAGCAUCUGUCUUCUCCUCUUGGCAGAUCGUCUGCAGCCGACUGGACGACUACAACAGCCGUCAAGCUUUAUGCAACGGAACUCCCGAGGGACCGCUGCUGCGCAAUCCUGGAAACCAUGACAAAGCCAGGACCCCGAGGCUCCCCUCCUCAGAGGAUGUGGAGUUUUGCCUGAAUUUGAUCCACUAUGAUUCGGGUCCCAUGGAUAAAACUGCCAAUUUCAGCUUUAGAAAUACACUGGAAGGAUUUGCUAGUCCACUUACGGGGAUAGCAGACGCCUUUCGAAGCAGUAUGCACAAUGGCUUGCACAUCUAUAUGAAUGGAACGAUCUCUCAGGUACAGGGAUCUGCCAACGACCCUCUUUUUCUUCUUCACCAUGCGUUUGUUGACAGUAUUUUUGAACAGUGGUUCCGAAGGUAUCAUCCCCCUCAAGAAGUUUAUCCAGAAGCCAAUGCACCCAUUGGUCACAACCGGGACUUCUAUAUGGUUCCCUUUAUACCUCUCUACAGAAAUGGUGAUUUCUUUAUUUCAUCCAGAGAUCUGGGCUAUGACUAUAGCUACCUACAAGAACCAGAUCCAGUCUUUUUUCAAGAUUACAUUAAGUCCUACUUAGAACAAGCAAGUCGGAUCUGGCCAUGGCUCCUUGGGGCAGCUCUGGUGGGAUCUGUACUCACGGCUGUGCUGGGAGGGCUCACUACCUUGUUAUGUCGUCGCAAAAGAGGGCAGCUCCCUGAAGAGAAGCAGCCACUUCUCAUGGAAAAUGAAGAUUACCACAACUUGUUGUAUCAGAGCCAUUUAUAAAAGGCUUAGGCGGUAGAGGAGGGCCAAAAAGCCUACCUUCACUCUAAUUCAAAGGAUGUGCAAAUUCCCAGGAGAUGUCUCAACCCAGAUGCCUGGUAUUUGUCUGUGCAGACCGCUAUCGGAGUUGUAAUCUAAUACAGUGUACCCCUCCUCCAACUCAGGUGAAACACAUCUGUUCUUGCCUUGUUCUUUUUUCCUUCAUCUCUUUGACAGUUUUCCUCAAGCUUAUAUUUCCAGGGAAGGAUGCCAGUUGGUAAUGAGUAACUGCUGCUUGUAGCUGAAUGAAAGUGCUCUCAUAAAAUGUGGGAAUCAUUUUGAUUUUUUCCUUCUGAUUGUUCAAUGACAUAUUUCUUUUUUAUUAUCCUCUUUCUUUGAUUUUAAUAAAAUAGUAACAAAUUUG